AUGGCCUGGGAUACUUGCCUUGUGGAUGCUCUGCAGUUUCUAAGCAAUUCUGCUGCAGAAACACUACUGGGGAAGACUCCCUCUUCAGCUUUAUCCAGGUUGAAUUGCACAUCUAGGGCAGUGUUUGGCCAAGGGAACGGGGCAUGCAAAGACCUCGUUUCCUCUCUGUGCUGUGGGGAACUGAAACUGUGCGGGGCCUGCAAACACGAUUCUCUACAGACAGUGAAGCCUAAUAUUUCCCAGACUAGCACUUCCCACAGCCCUGUACUUGGGACCCCACUGCCUGGUAGAAAUGAAGUGGCCUUACUAACAAGUUUGCCUCCAAAUUAUGAGAUUUCAGAAGGAAAACCAAAAGCCAUCUCUGCAUACGUGAGAGCAGGCAAAGGAAAUGUCCCAAGGAGAAGAAAGAGGACACACUUGGGCAAUGAUUAUGGGGUAAAGGAAGCACAGGAGACAGUGUAGGAAAUGUACAGGUGAAAGAGAUCAGGAGAAAGAUGGUAAAUAUGGGGGAGCAGCAGGAAUCAUUACAAUAAUAAUGCAGUUUGGAAAUGAGAACCAGUGUAUAAAGCAUACCAAUAAGGCCAAUGAAGUGCCAAGGAUGGAAAGCCACCCCAUUAGGAGAAAGUGGAGUCAUAGCAGGUGUUUUAUGAGACAGUUCAGAACACAAUGACCAACCAAGACAGCAGGACAAGUGAGAGGUGGAGAAAUGACCCAGACAAGACUUUCCGGGCUCCUGAACCUGGUCCAUACCUUAUGUCAGAAGGAGUGGUGACCAAAGGAAAGUCUCUUUGCUUUAAUUAUAGAAGCAGGUAUAUACCUGAUUUUGUAUUUAACUGCGUAUGUUUAAGAUCUGAACAUUUCUAUAUUCAAAAGCAUAAUGUAUUAGGGUUAAUCAUUUGAAAUUGCCAACAUGCAUUCGUUUUACCUAUAAAAACUGCAAUUUUGUGUGGUUCAAACUAAUGGAUAUAAUAAUAUUCUCAAGCUAACUCUUUUUUUUUUUUUUUUUUUUUGUC